AUGACACAUAAUAUUACAUCCAAAGGUAAUCAAUUACCCUCCCUUGAACAACUAUCAGCACUUGCGAAAGGUAGAGUUCCUCAAAACCCAAUUGUCAAGAAUGUGACGAUACAAAAAUCAUCAAUUAGUAAAUGA